UUGAAUAAAAGAAAUAAUAAUUGGAUUCGAAAUUGAGAUGCAUGAAGGAUAGGUGACCACUUUCUUCCGCGUCUGUUAUCACCAGCUGUUGUGCCUAGCCCGUACCAGUGUUAGUGACAUGGGCUUGGUGAGCUGCGCGCUGAAUUGGAGCUUCGAAAUUAUCCAGAAGUACAGGGAGAAUUCUUGUUUUCUGACACCUGUAGUCACAGGAAAUCAAAGCCGUGUGUGGUGAAUAGCCCAAUCAUUGUUUCACGACGUGAAUCUAUUUUACUUCAUCUGUGGAAACAACUUUCAAGACUGUAUCAAGAAGCAAUAGGAGACGCACCUGUGUGAAGAGACUGUACAUUUCCCCUUAUGCUGGCUUUGUAUUCAUCGCACGUACAAUGUUGGGUGUUGAGUUGACUUACUCGUUGUCAUUGGAUAUCUCCAGCUUCAGCAAUAUCGAUUUGCACAGAAGGGGGUACUAUCGGCUACAUUUCAAUCUCAAGCCUUCCACUCCUCAAGGAUCCGUCACACUACAGUGCUGUACCAAGCGCAACAGAGCAGCCGGAAAAGAUGAAUGGUGCAGGAUCAUCAAUGAUGGCUGCACGGCCAUGUCUGCACCGGUACUAGUUCAGUACACCAAGCAGGACUGCAGUGUGGACAGCCACUUCAUUGGCACUGUAACACAGGUUGUUCCUGCCAAGCUGGCAUGUGCCAGCAAAUGCCAAUGGCCACAGAUCGAGGCAUCUAUGGACCUCUACUUUGCCCCACUGCGAAAAGAAGUUAACACCUACUCCACCCCGCCGAUUGCUAGCUUUGAGAAAGUCGACACCAGGCCGUUUGUGCUGACCUUGUGCAGCAGUACCCAUCAGCUUCAUUCAGCGCGCUACAUCCUGUUUCACUGUAAGAAGCAUUGCGGUGCUAAGUUCCAGCUACACAUGGCACUGACCGGUACCAAGCCAGUACAAGUGGAAAAAACGAAAGACAAGGGCCCGCUUUUGGCUUGGCUACCAUCGAUGACAACUGAUGAGCUGCCAACCAGUGCCAGUAUUCGACCAGUGCCCACCGUUUCUUCUGUUUUGCUUCGGCAACUUUGCACUCUUCUCCUCGAGUCUCAAGGCGGUCUGGCUGACAAAUGCCAAGAUAUUGUAUCUACAUCUGCCUUACCCACUGACCGUCAGAACAUCACGCUGAGGGUUGAUGAUCUAUUGCGAGGUUGUGAUAAGGAGGUGCCUUUUGCACAGGCAGUUGAUUAUCUCAACACAGCGUCCGCAGUGGCCCUGAGUAUGUGGGAUGUGUUUAGACUUGUCCUGGCACAAGAGCGCUCUGCUGAGGAGCGAUUGCUGUGCGAGUUCCAUCAACAGCAGGUCAAUCGGUUCCGCCAUCUGCAUUUCCUGGUCAAGUUGCCCAUGGCAGAGCUCUUGUCGAGCAGUUCAUCCGAUAGCAAAUUGACGUUUACCAGUGCAUGUGAUGUGAUGUCAGCACUAACGAAGACUGGCUACACUAGCGCAAUGUUCUCGCAGAGUCCAGCUGUACUGUGUCCUGAGACGGAUGGUACCGGAACGAAUGCACCUGCCAUCAUGGAGCAAAGGUUCAUUCGUCAAGCACCUAACAACUCGCUGGGACACUUUUCAGUACCAGUGCAUGCUCCGCAACCACCCAACCUCACGAGACAAUCCACAGCAGUAGCAACCCCUGUCCUGGCUACCGAUGGCGUAUUUCCUCGUGGUGGUGGUGCUGCUGCUGCCUCUGGUGCCCAUAACGAGCGGUCCAUGUCCAUCGACUGCGUGACGAUCCCGGCCUACUCAGGUACACCUCCCACAAGGGCACGGCCGCCUCUAGAACGACGUGUGACGUACUCUGGUGUGAUCAUGUCACCGCCUGCGUGCACUCUACUGUCCACCGAUUCCAAUCAAGUGGAUGGUUUGUUCCAUCGGCGGAAUAAUCCCCGUGCUAGUCGUGGAACGGUGCAAUCUGCUCGACAAAGUGUUGGAUCGGCUCAGGAGCGCCUACGCCCUCACCUGCCAAGAAAGUGGACUUUCUUGAGUGAGGUGAACAGGCUGACCGUUCUUCCAGCCUACUUCACGCGAAGAACAAAGCCUCUGCCAACGGAAGUUCACUUAGUUGUUUGUGUGCAUGGCUUAGAAGGUCGAAGUGAGGAUCUGGUGGCGCUCAAGAAUUUCAUUGAAGUGGCGCUGCCUGAUCAGCCUCUUCUGUUUCUUAUGGCACAUUGCUUGGAGGAUAAUACAUUAGUGUCUUUUGAUCAGAUGGGUCAGUGGCUUGCGCUGGAAAUUGUGGACUUCAUCCAGGAUAAAGGCGUUGUUUGCACCCAUAUGAGCUUCGUUGGUCAUUCGCUGGGGAACAUCGCGAUCCGAUCGGCCAUAGCUCAUCCGUACCUUCAGGACUAUUACAAUGUCUUCCACACAUAUUUAUCACUAGCUGGGCCUCACCUGGGCACUGUCUACUCCAGCUCACUGGUCGGUGCAGGCAUGUGGCUGCUGCAGAAGUACACUAAGUCAUCGUCGCUGCUCGAGCUCACCAUGCGCGAUGACGCCGACCCCAGGAAGACACUGCUGUAUCGCCUGAGCCAAAAACCUGGUCUAGCUUUGUUCCGGUCUGUGCUGCUGGUCAGCUCACACCAAGACCAAUAUGUACCUUUCCACAGCGCUCGCAUUGAAGUCAGCCCUCUCGCCGGUAACGAUGAGAUGGCCUCUGCCCAGCAGGAGAUGGUACACAACAUUCUGUUCCCACUGCUUGCGCCGACCUGCAACACGGAGCUGCGAAUCUACAAUCUCGUGCAUCAGUUCCCCAACACCGAUGUGGAUGUGCUGGUUGGUCGCGCCGGCCAUGUGGCCAUUCUCGACUCUGAGCUGUGCAUGGAGAUGCUCGUACAGACGUGUCUCAAUCGCUUUUUCCAGACAGCAUAACUAGCCAGUGCAGUGCACGCUGCCAUGUGAAUGCACACAAAUACAAGAAUAAUAAUAAGAACAAGCCAAGGUCAAUGCCGUGGACCGGCAGCCAUAUUAAAUACUGAACCAAGAGUGCUGUUUUCUCUUUCUCAUCGGUCACCUAUCGUCGUCCCACUUGAUGGGCCAGUGCGCCAGCCAAUCUACCCAGUUAUAGUCAUCAUCAUCGCAUGCUCACUGUCUGAAAACACACUUUUUCUGAUUGCUUCGUUUCAAAACAAGUCAACAUAAUAUUAUUUUCCUCUGCCUUGUUUCCAUGCGAGCCAUGAAAUACACCCUGAUAGUACCCUCAUCUGCGCCAAAUCUAUUGGAUUUUUACGUAUAGUCAAACGAUCGUCACGCUUCCAGUUGUUGUCACCCUGUCAACAUUUUUACCCGAGAUGUCCUUGAUCCCGGAAAACCAGCCUAUAUUUGUCCUUCCAGUACUGUAAUUUUAGUUUUUUUAAUAAUUUAUUCCUUUGCCGAUAUACAGUUGUCCCUCACCAUUAUAAUGUUACCUUCGUCUGUUCCGACAUUUGCUCAAUGAACUGCUUUCAUUGGGCUUUUAGUUGAAGUCUUAGUGUUUCCAGGGCUCUUUGGCUUUGGCCGUUGUUUUUAACUUAUUCCUAUCUUUGUGGACGUGUGGUACUGAUUAUGUGCUCAUGUCCUUAUUCUCUUACCGCUCUUGGUAUUCAGUGUAUCCCGAUAGACAUGCAAGCAAUGUCAACUCUCA